AAUACGGCUUGUAUACCCGGAUAAACAUCAUUUGCUCUAGCAGUAUUCUUUGACACUGUAUUUUGGACCUAGUUGCCAAAAAUCGCAUUCAUGUAAUACCGUGGCAAUAGUGUCAUGAACUAGUUAUAGACGUCUGGUGAUAUAGCAUUGUUCUCAACUAAAAAAUACCUCUAACCCUAAUGAUGUUUUCAUGACCCAAAUGUAGUCCACAUUAACCAAGAUGAAGCCUAAAAAGCAGAAGGACUUUGUUACUAAGAAGCGCCGUGUUGGCAAGGAACAAUUCAGGAAACAUGCCAGCAGUGAUGCCAAGUUACUUGCUGAUGUCUCCAGGCUUAAGAAGACCGUCAAGCUGGCAACGCAGUCAAUCAUCAUCAACAAGGAGCGUCUGAAUGUAACUUCACGUAAUUUAACACUGGCUGAGUUAGUACGUAAAUCAAGGCACAUAUCAUCUUCAGUUCAAAUACAUGCAUUAUCCGGUAUUGUAGAAUUUUGCAGGAAGUUUGAUGCCGACGUCAGGUUAAACUUACUAACACUUUUACAAAUCGCAGGUGAGUGUUUAAACUCAUUGAACCAAAACGUUCGCCAACAUGCUAGAACCCUUUUGAUGGAGUUAGUCCAGCAUUUUAAAAUGGGUUCUGAACUACUUGAUAAUAACACAUACGUCCAGUGCGUGUCUGCCUAUUUACUUAAAGGCAUAGUAGCAUCGGAUAUAGGCGUUAGGACUGAUAUCUACAGGACUGUUACUACAUUGGUGGACCAGUUCCCAGGGAUCAUUUCGCUCCAUAAGGAGAACAUCCUAGAUAAGUUGGUGCGCCACAAACCGGAUGAACCCGCUGUAGCGCAUAUUGAUUGCAUACUUGCGUUAUACAAGCUGGAUAACGAAUCACUAAAAGGGCAUUCCGUGGUUAAUUACCUCUAUGAGGUACUGAACCACAUGCUAUUCAUUGCUGGCGAUAUUGACAGCGAGUUAAAGUGUCUAUCCAUUGCUUCAUUAAUUGUGAAGACCUUGAAAUUACUUUGCAUAAACGCGGAAUACAUAACCCGAGACGAUCUAGGCUUUAUACGGGCUUUUGUUUUGUCGAACCUACAUCAAUUCGAGGAUCUCACAGAACGUGGUAUGCAGACGUUCGACGCCCUGAACUGUGACUACGUUCUAUACAGGGCUGAACUGGGUCUCAAGUGUGCCAGGGUGUUCCCCAAACAUCAACUGGCACUGAUGGCGCCACUAUGCCAGCUUUAUAACAUGCGAAAUGCAUUUUGCGAAUCGCACGCUCACCGCGUUGCUGAUAUAGUCCUUACUGCAAUGGCAGCGGAUAUGGAUACAUUUCUUAUCCAGGACAUAUCCGACUUGAAACCACAGUGGUGCACAUCAAUGCUAGUUACGUUUAACUCCGUUGACACAUUAUUUACUGGUAUCAGGAAGGCGUUACAGACAAAUAGUGUCACUGUCUCCCAAAGAAUACUAAUGGACCCCGACAGCUACAUGGCAGAGCAGCUACCUGUAAUCAACAUUCGUGAAACCUUCAGGGACGUCACUCGGGGUCUCGUGGAUUCAAUCGCAGAUAAACCUGAGGUUCUACCCGUUAUCGCAAUUGCCUCUGGAGUAUCUCCAAUGGUGCUUCAGGAAUUUUACCAUACGGUACCCGGUAUGUCCCAGGUAGUUGAUAUAAUGUCUAAGCUGGGUCCGGAUUUUUGCAUCGUUGACAACAUGGAUAUUGAUACGGUUUCUAUAUUAAGUUUAUUACUCAACAUGGACAAAACCAUGUCGUUACGAUCCCAAGUUUUGUUUACAGUUGUCCAAGUUUCUAAAAUACCGAAUACAGUACCUGUAGACACAUUCAUGGACCGAUACUGUACCGCUAAAUGCAUAGCUACACUGAACCGGGAAGACCUCUGUCUAGUGACAAGAGCGUUACUGAAUUUCCCAGCCUCUAAAGAUAUUGGCUCCCGGAUAAUGGACCUCCUGAAGCAAUGGCUGUGCAACGUUCGACUUUGGGAGAGAUGUUACACGACCGAGCUAAUAGCACCCACGGUAUACCACAUGUUUUGUGAGGGACCAGAAUGUGUAAUCGGGAUCGAUGAUAGAUUAGUUCCACUGAAUUCCUUGCUGGAAGUGCUAUGCGAGAUUGCUGUAGACCUGGACAAAAUGUUGACUGCCGACGUCCUGGAUAUCCUGGAGUACGUACUUGGUUCAUUUGUUUCAAGGACCAUAGAGCACCUUAUAAGAAGCCAGAGUAAUAACAUCUGGUCCGUAGAAGAUGCACGUGAAGUUGUAUUCAAGCGGUGCGUUAGCACUGCAAUCGAAAAGAUGAUUCACUCCGGUGCGUACAACAUGGGAGUAUGUGUCUUAAACACUGCACUUAUCCAUGCAGUUAGUCAGUGUAGCAACAUACAAGUGGAUUCCCAGGAAAUUGCACAGCAAAAUCACGCCAAGUUGCCACAGUGGCUCCAUAAACUGGAGCAACACAACACCACCGAAGCACUAAUAAACAGGCUACCAAUGGAUAAAAAUCUACAGAAUCCAAUAAAACAACUCUGCUUAGCUGCAGGUCAACUUUUAAUGUAGUGUGUUGCAUCUGAACUAUCUUGUGUAUUCGCCAUAUACAGGUAUCAGUCCACUUACAGCACAUUAUGAA